AUGUCGUGCGCCGACGCCAGCGACUCCUGCGCGGCUUGGGCAUCCGCCGGGGAGUGCUCUGCGAACCCAUCCUUCAUGCGCUCGAGCUGUGCCCUCUCGUGUGGCACAUGCUGUGGCGACACGAUUGCCGGGUGCUCGCUCCUCGCUGAGCAGGAGCUCUGCGUGCGGCACACGCAGUUUAUGUGGAAGUACUGCGCUGGGAGCUGCGGGCGAUGCCAAGCCGCGCCGCCUGCGAGCGAGGUUUGCGUCGAUCAAGAGCUUGCGUGCGCCAGCUGGGCGGGUCGUGGCGACUGCGGCGGGGUUGAGGACUGGUGUGCUCUUAGCUGCGCGACCUGCGAACAGUCUGAGUCUGUUGUAACGACCGCCGACAUUACGCUCGCUGCAGCACUGCCACGGCCGCCCAUCAUCUAUGGCACCGCUUGGAAGGGCGCACACACCGGCGAGGCUGUAGUUGCAGCUGUCCGCGCUGGAUUCCGAGGGAUAGACACGGGUGGGCAGCCUCGUCACUACGAUGAGGCGGCGGUCGGCGAGGCCAUCGCGCGGCUUGUUGACGAGGGCAUCGCGCGGGAAGAUCUCUGGGUGCAGACCAAGUUCACACCGGAGGAGUGGCAGGAUGCGGCGACGCUGCCCUUCGAGGCGGGCGCUGCUCCCGAGCAGCAGGUGGCGGCGUCGGUGACAGCGUCCCUACGAAAGCUGCGCAUGCCGUACGUGGAUGCUCUCAUCCUCCACUCGCUCGACGGCCGGGAGCCUGCGACUCUGCUGCGCGAGUGGCGUGCUCUCGAGGCGGCCCACGACGCCGGCCAUGCGCGCUGGCUCGGGCUGAGCAACAUCCACUCGGUCGCCACGCUCGCCCGACUACACGCGGCGGCUCGAAUCAAGCCCGCGGUGCUGCAGAACGCGUUUUGGGAGCGCAGCAGCUUCGACGCCGACGUGCGGAGCUGGUGUGCGGCGCAAGGCGUCGUGUACCAAGGCUACAGACUGAUGCAAGCGGCGGGGCGACUCGAGAGCUGGCCGGGCUUCUCCGCCACGGCAGCGCUGAACGCGACAUCGCUUUCGCUGUGGUUUGCGCUCGUGGGCGCGCUCGGCGUGCUUCCCCUCACGGGCACCAGCUCACACCUGAGCGAAGCGAUAGCGGGAGUGUCGCUGCGAGUCGACGCUGGGACGGUGCAGCGGCUGCGGCCCACCGAGGACCUCGGUGGAGCACUUGGUGGUGGCAGUGUGGCGGAGGUGCAAGCGCACGUGGCAAAGCUCGACGCUGCAAACCGGCUCGUCAGCGCGCUGCAGGCGCAGGUGACGACGCUUCAGGCCCGCGUCGCGGAGCUUGAGCGGCGGCCAAAGCUCGGCGAAUGCAACUUCACGGGCACCAACAUUCGGAAGCUCCUCUCGGCGGCGGAACUUAAGGCUGGCGGGCUCGUGAGCGGGCUGAAGACCACCGGCUACUCCUGCAGCGAGGCGAAGGCGGCGGGAUACACGCCCAGCGAGUGCCACAUCGGAGGCUUCUCGUUCGAGGAAGGCCGCGGCGCAGGCUUCAAGCACAACGCCAGUUAUUGGGAUAGAGUAAAAUCAUGGGGUUGA